GUUUGAGAGCACUGUGCAGGUUGGCAAACUGCAGGACCUUAUCAACCGAAGUAAGAUGGCAAGGUGUAGAGGACGAUUUGUUUGCCCAGUCAUUCUGUACAAGGGAAAGCAUAUUUGCAGAUCAGCAACGCUGGCCGGCUGGGGAGAGCUCUAUGGGCGCACUGGCUACAACUAUAUCUUCUCAGGUGGUUCUGAUGAUGCUUGGGCAGAUGCAGAAGACGUUUCAGAGGAAGAUUCUGUACUGAGAAAUGCAGACUCUCAGCUGUUUGACAAAGUCAGAGGGCAUGACAUCAAGCUGCUUCGAUACCUGUCUGUCCGAUAUAUCUGUGACCUGAUGGUGGAAAACAAGAAGGUGAAGUUCGGCUUGAAUGUGACGUCUUCUGAGAAGGUGGACAAAGCUCAACGUUAUGCUGAUUUCACGCUUCUCUCCAUCCCAUAUCCAGGCUGUGAAUUUUUUAAAGAGUACAAAGACCGGGAUUAUACAGCUGAAGGUCUGAUAUUUAACUGGAAACAGGAUUACGUAGAUGCUCCAUUAAGUAUCCCAGUCUUUCUGACCCAAUCUCUGAAUAUUGAUUGGAGCGAGUACCAGAGCUGGGACCUCGUGCAGCAGACACAGAACUACCUGAAGCUGCUGAUCUCCAUCAUCAAUAGCGAUGAUGACAGUGGGCUCCUGGUGCACUGUAUAUCCGGUUGGGAUCGAACUCCUCUCUUCAUCUCCUUAUUGCGCCUCUCCUUAUGGGCUGAUGGGCUGAUCCAUGCAUCCCUGGAGCCAUCUGAGAUUCUCUACCUGACAGUGGCCUAUGACUGGUUUCUCUUUGGGCACAUGUUAGUCGAUCGACUCAGUAAAGGAGAAGAGAUUUUCUUUUUCUGCUUCAAUUUUCUGAAGCACAUCACCUCUGAGGAGUUCUCUGCUGUGAAGUCGCAGAGAAGGAAGAGUUUGCCACCUGGCUUCACCCUGGAAGAGAUCUGCAUGCUCAAGCAGAGAGACCGAGGCAGCACCACAAGUCUGAGCAGCGACUUCUCCCUGGGGAUGGAAAGUUCCCCUGGAGCAGCUGGGAGCUUCACCUAUGAAGCAGUAGAGCUGAUGCCAGCAGGAGCACAGGCUCAAGCAGCAUGGAGGAAGAGCUGUGCAUCGUCACCACAAGCCGUGCUCUGGAGCAGGGCACAGCAGUCUGAAGACAGGCUGCCUUCCACAGGGAUGGUCGAAGUCAAGUCCUCCAGCUCCUCCUCGUCAACCCAUUCUGAUAACUUCCUGAGGAUUGGAAGCAGCCCACUGGAAGUGCCCAGAUCCAGAUCGGCGGACCAUUCUCUGCCCGGAUCUUCCGUUUCCACAGACUUUGGCAGCUGGCAGAUGGUGACAGGGUGUGGCAGUAUUCGGGAGCAGGCAAUCCUGAGCGCAGACGCCUCUCUCCCUUGCAGCUUCCCGGAUGAGUUCCCUAGCACUUGUCUGCUGGUGUCAGCGAGCGACCGUGAGUCCCGGCUGGAAGAAGUACGUUCUGCCUUUCUGGCCAGCUACAGCCGGACGAUCGGCCUGAAGGCCGUGCCCCCCAGCCCCUCGGGGGCCAUCGGCGGCCUUCUCGAGCAGUUCGUGCGGGGCGUGGGACUGAGAGGCAGCAGCACGCUCUGAGUGCAGCAUUCCCGGACCGCUCUGGCUUGGAGAAGUUGGGCUGGUGGGACCCCCUGGCCAGGCUGGGACCUUCUUCCAC